AUGUUGAUCUCUUUUCUCUCCGCUCUGGUGACUUCGCCUAUGCAGACUCUGAUGCCUUCCAUCGUGAUGGGAAUUGUCAUCGUAUGUCUUCUCGCCUUCGGUACCGUCGUCUUCAACAUUUUUGUGUACCCCUUCUACGUAUCCCCUCUGCGACAUCUCCCUGGACCUACCGACAACACCUUCUUCCUUGGCCAGGCUGCAAAGUUCCUUCAGGUCCCCUGGUUUCCUGAGCUCUUCUGCAAGUGGUCCCGUGUCCAUCCAGAUGCGCCCCUUAUCCGCUAUCUGAACUUUGCCAACGGGGAGACUCUCUUCGCCAACACUAUUGAGGCAUACAAGCAGGUUCUCCAGACCAAGAGCGCCUUCUUCGUAAAGCCCGCCUUCGCCAGACAGUUUGCCCAUGAGAUCAUCGGUGAUGGACUCCCCUUCGUCGAAGGCAAGCUUCACAAGCUUCGCCGAGCGGCCAUCAGCCAGCCAUUUUCAGCACCGCGCCUGAAGGCUUUCUUCCCUACCGUCCAGACUAAGGCGGAGCAGCUGGCGCGUGUUUUGGCUCAACGACAUGACAAGAAUGGCAAUGUCGAAAUUGAGACCAAUGUUUGGAAGGCAGUUCUUGAUGUCAUCGGACUCGAAACUUUUGGCCUAGAUCUCAACCAUCUCGAAUCCAGCGAAUCCCCUUUGUUCGAGACUUUCACCACCAUGAUGCAGCCAUCCGCACUCGGACACAUCGUCAACUACCUGAACUCUCUGGUUCCAGUGCGCCAAUUCGUCCCAAUCGUAGAAUGUGUCGAGUUCUCCAAGUGUUGCACAAAGGUCCGAGAGUUUAUUUUUGGCCUUGUCAACAUUCGACGCAGUCUAAGCGAAAAGGGCCACACUAGCAACCGAGAUGCUCUACAGUGUCUGUUGGAACACACCGAUGCUGCUUGGAACGAUGAGAGCAUUGUCGAGUACGUCUUGAAUCUCUUGAUUCUUGGACAUGAUACCACUGCUUGCUCUAUCACAUGGGCCAUCCACGAACUCUCGCGCCGACCUGACUGCCAGCAGUGCUUGAGAGACGAGAUCAAGAUAUUGGAUGACAAUUGCCCCAUGCCAUUCUUCAACGACAUCGACAAGCUUCCGUACCUGCACAACUUUGUGCGCGAAGUUCUACGACUUUACUGUGCAGUCGCAAUGGCACCUCGCCAGGCAACUCAAGAUGUCGAAAUUGCCGGAAUUGCUAUCCCUAAGGGAACAGUCGUCCAGCUUUCGCCCGCCGUCAUGAACACUCACCCCUCCGUCUGGGGUCCUGACGCGCAACUCUUCAAUCCUGACCGCUGGAAUGACCUCAAUAGAAGCGCAGCUAGUGCUUACGCAUUCGAGACGUUCCACAACGGCCCGCGAAUGUGCAUUGGCAAGCAGCUUUCCAUGAUGGAACUGAAGGUGAUGCUGGUCGAGCUUGUGCGCAAGUUUAAGAUCGACAAGCCCUUUGGAAACGAAGCAAAGGAGGUUGAAGUCGCUGGACCGACCUUUACUCUUCGUCCCAAGGAGAAGUUGGUGGUGCGCUUGGUUGAGGUGUAA